CAGCCUGAUGGUCAGAUGCCCAGUGACAAAACCAUUGGAGGUGGAGAUGAUUCAUUCAAUACUUUCUUCAGUGAGACAGGGGCUGGUAAACAUGUGCCCAGAGCUGUAUUUGUGGACCUCGAACCAACUGUGGUUGAUGAAGUACGUACAGGCACUUACAGGCAACUAUUCCAUCCUGAACAACUCAUUACUGGGAAAGAGGAUGCGGCUAAUAAUUAUGCCAGAGGCCAUUACACCAUUGGAAAAGAGAUUGUUGAUCUAGUGCUAGAUCGCAUUCGCAAGCUGGCUGAUCUGUGCACAGGGCUGCAGGGAUUCCUCAUCUUCCAUAGUUUUGGAGGAGGCACUGGCUCUGGAUUUGCAUCUCUACUCAUGGAAAGGCUUUCUGUUGAUUAUGGCAAAAAGUCCAAACUAGAGUUUGCCAUUUACCCAGCACCACAGGUUUCUACUGCUGUAGUGGAACCCUACAACUCCAUCCUAACUACGCACACAACAUUGGAGCAUUCUGACUGUGCCUUCAUGGUAGACAAUGAAGCCAUUUAUGACAUAUGUCGUCGCAAUCUAGACAUUGAGCGUCCUACUUAUACCAACCUAAAUCGACUCAUUGGGCAAAUUGUCUCAUCCAUCACAGCUUCACUGCGUUUUGAUGGAGCCCUCAAUGUAGAUCUGACUGAGUUCCAGACCAAUCUUGUCCCAUACCCACGAAUCCAUUUCCCACUGGCAACAUAUGCACCUGUCAUCUCUGCUGAAAAAGCAUAUCAUGAGCAAUUGUCUGUGGCUGAAAUUACCAAUGCUUGUUUUGAGCCAGCCAACCAGAUGGUAAAAUGUGACCCUCGCCAUGGCAAGUACAUGGCCUGCUGUAUGUUAUACAGGGGUGAUGUUGUUCCCAAAGAUGUUAACGCAGCCAUUGCCACUAUCAAGACUAAGCGAACCAUUCAGUUUGUGGAUUGGUGUCCAACUGGAUUCAAGGUGGGCAUUAACUACCAACCUCCCACUGUAGUGCCAGGAGGCGACUUGGCCAAGGUGCAGCGUGCUGUGUGUAUGUUGAGUAAUACAACUGCUAUUGCAGAAGCCUGGGCUCGUCUUGACCAUAAAUUUGAUUUGAUGUAUGCUAAGCGUGCCUUUGUACACUGGUAUGUUGGAGAAGGGAUGGAGGAAGGAGAAUUUUCUGAAGCCCGGGAAGAUUUGGCUGCGCUUGAGAAAGAUUAUGAAGAAGUGGGUGUAGAUUCUGUGGAAGCAGAAGCUGAAGAAGGGGAGGAAUAUUAA